AUGGGUGAGCUCAAUACUAAUAUUGAUGAUAUACUUCUCAAAUCACCGCUUUAUAAUGCACAUGGAUCGGCUUUUCCACACAUGGAUCUGAAAAAACUAGAAGCCCCGCAAAUCAGACUGCAGCCUUUACAACCUAGUAGUCAAGUAUUUGAGUCGUGGCAUAAGGAAUGUGAAAAUUUGAUAAAUCUAUGUAACGUUCAUGACCAAGGGCCAAAGCAGUUUGAUCAGUGGUAUACAGAAAAGUUUAUGAGUAGCAAGCCACCGGGGAUGAUAGAAAAUGUUAUGCUUUCACCAUCACGGCGGUAA